CCCUUAAAAAAAAUAGUGCUGAGAAUUCACGGGAGCACGAGUGAAAGAGAGGCAGGAGCCGGCUUAGCCCCUGAGGCCGGGCCAGAGGCUGCCGAGCGGGGAGCCCGCGUCGGGAGUUGGAGGCGGGGACCUCGGUGACACCCCUGGAAGGGGCCUCUGAGCACCCCGGAAGGUGUGGAAACAGAUGUUUUGAAUACGCUGAGGUACAGCUAUUAGCACAGGAUGUUGCAAACCCACCUGCACUGAGUGACACAUCCAGGAGUACAGGGCCUCCCUGGACUGGCCAGCAGCUUCUCGCCAUCUGCCCUUCCCCACAAGGAGGGAGCUGCUUCCCCGCCCAUCUCUGAUCCCGCCUGCAUCUCCGGGACUGAUAGAUCUUCUUGGCAAAGCUGCCCCAAAGAUUCCUGCUAACGCCUGUCUGUUCCUGCCUUGUGCGGAGCACGGCGCCCACAGGACUCCGGAGACAAUCUUAAACCUAAAGCUCUACUGCUGCUCUGGACGGCACCCUGUGCGCUCCUGCCUAGUCCCUCUCGGCUCCGGGAGCUGCUCACACCCCAGCGAUGCCCACGGGAGCCUUGGCCCCAGCUGGGUGAGACCACCCCAGAGUGGGCCCCAACCUUACCAGCCGCCAGGACUCCCUCAUCACCUCCACCACCUCCCAUGUCCGACCGCCCAGCAGGCUCUAGGAUGUCUGUGCCCCAGAUCCAGGUGGAAGAAAUGGUGGUGGGGGAAGAGGUGCUGGCGGGAGCAGCCCCGCCUCCUGACGACCACCUCCGGAGCCUGAAGGCCCUGACUGAGAAACUGAGGCUGGAGACCCGCAGGCCCUCCUACCUGGAAUGGCAGGCGAGGCUGGAGGAGCAGGCCUGGCCCUUCCCCAGGCCGGCUGCUGAGCAGCGGGAGUGUGGGGAGGAAGAGCCCUCCCUGCCGCCGAAAGAACCCAGGCAGCACCCGCCACCUAAUGCCAGUGCCAGCCAGGAUGCCGGGACCGGGUCCACGGGCAAGCUGGAAGGCUUUGAGAAUAUCGACGAGGCCAUAGCCUGGCUCAGGAAGGAACUGACGGAGAUGCGGCUGCAGGACCAGCAGCUGGCCAGACAGCUCAUGCGCCUGCGCAGUGACAUCAACAAGCUGAAGAUAGAGCAGACCUGCGACCUCCACAGGCGGAUGCUCAACGACGCCACCUAUGAGCUGGAGGAGCGCGAUGAGCUGUCAGACCUUUUCUGCGACUCCCCGCUGGCCUCCUCCUUCAGUCUCUCCACGCCACUCAAGCUCAUUGGAGUCACCAAGAUGAACAUCAACUCCCGGAGGUUCUCCCUCUGCUGAGCAGCCCUACAACAGGGCAGAGGAGCCAGAACAGAGGGUUUGGGAAGCGGAGAGGGGGCGUGGGGAGAAGGGAAGUGAGGCUGAGAUUCCUCAAGUAGGUCUCCCCAGAGGCACAGCUUCCCUGAGACUGGUGAACCGUGGACCCCAGGGCCUGUCCGCAGGGGAUCUCCCUGGGGCCCCAGCUUUGGAACCCAGCAUCCCCAUGACUGGCUCUCACUUAAUACCCAAAGAGUCCUGCAGAAGGGCCACUCCAUCCCGACGUUCAAUGAGACUUGGGUUUCCAGCAUGACACCUCUCAGUCCUCCCCUCAGUGAUCCAUGUUCCUGCUUCCUGGAAUCACUGGUGCUAUGAGAACUGGGAUCCCAAAGUGGGGGUGGAGGAGAUGGGCAAAACAGUGAUUAUUACAGAAGGCUUCCCCACGGGCAUGGAGCCCCCAGGCAGAGGUGAUUAGACAUAUCAGAUGUGCCCAUCUUGCUGUGGCUGUCCUCUAAGUACUGGCUCGAAUUCACCCUAAGUGGGUGACUCAGAAACCCCAACAGGGACCCACCAGGAAAGGAAAACCAAAAGGAUACAAUGUAAAUUGUACCCAGUGGGUGCUGGGACACACCAGUCUAACUUGGCUGGAGCAAGCAUAGAUGCCCUCUGUUGCCUGUCUGGCCACUUGUACAAGUGCCAACUUCCAAAGAGUCCCUUUGCCAUCACGCCAUACCCUGGGGGAGUGCCUAGGAGACCGCUGGUGACAGAACCAGGCAGGUCUGUCCAUGGAUUUCCCAUAACUGAAUUUUCCCUGGGCCCAGCAAUGGCCUCCUGGUAGGUUCUGCCAGUGUCACCUACAUCACCUUCUUGCCCACCCAGAGAAACUGGAGGGAGCCCAGACGCUCACCCUGAACUCCUCUGAGAUUCUGUGCCUGACUUAAAUGACUAAUUUUAAUGGAAUCAGACUGUUACUAAUCUGUCACUAACCUGUUAAUAACUGUUUGAUUUUUGUCCAAAUGGCAAAGCCAGUUAGGUAGGUCAAAUACAGAGGUUCAGGGUUUUGCAUGAGGAUCGCGAAGGUGAGGACUGAGACCUGAACAGGUUAGGAAAGUUAGCCCGGUAGAGUACCAUGUGUCAGGUGUUCCCCGGCAGGCGGGAAUUUUUAACCUUGGAUGCCACCUAAUCGAGGCCUCUCAUUCACAAAGUAGUAAAGUGAAGCCAGGGAAGGAGAAAAUGACUUCCCUCAGGUGACGCAGCUCAUGAGUGGCUAUACCACAUUGAUGUGUUAAAGCAUUAUCGAUAAUGCCUAGACAGAUAAUGUAUCAAUGAACUUGAACUCCAAAGAUGGUCCUAAAUGCUUUGCCAAACCUACAAACUGCCAACCCCUCUACUCUCCACCUCACUCAGCCCUCACGUGCACCUCCCACUGUGCAAUUCAGAAUCUUUGGGUCAAACUCAGAGCAAUGUCUGGACAGCAGACCCACAGAACACAUAUUACCAAUCACAAAUCCAUAGUCGAAGUAAGAUGUCCUGCUGCCCUGACGUUCAUGUUUUGUCUUCCUGUAUAAUCUCAUUGGGGCACGCGCGCGCGCACACACACACACACACACACACACACACACACCAGGACCCAUAUUAGGAAAAGGUUGCUUUUCUUUUGUGGCCAGGAGUAGGAAGAUGCCAAUGAAUGGUCCCUAGUUGGACAGAAAAGAAGGUUGGUCUUGUGAUUUCAAAGAGCCAGAGGGUUUAUGCUUCCUUCAGAGAAGUUGUAACCACAUAGCUGGAUUUGUUUUGGCCCAACUCUGAGCAGUGACAAAAGUCUGAAGCCCAGAGGACUGGUCUAUGGCGACCUCAGAGGAAGGCCACCUACCCUUCCCCCUCCCCCAGGCCGGAAACGGGGGAGAUUUUCUCCACUCGGUAAUAACCUCUCCCCAGGAAUAUGUCCAAGCACUGCCAAGUCCUGCAGAGGCCUUCCUGCCAGGCUUCUCCCUGAGGUCAUGGGUGUCAGGAGGGCCUACGCACACCCACCACACACCCUACAGAGACACACACAUACACCUACUCACACAGGAGAGCUCAUUCCAUAUUCUAAAAAAACAAGAGCCAAACUGAUUUUUUUUCUUUCUAGAAAUCAGUCAUCACAGUAACUGAGAAAGCUGGAAUCAACUGAAGUUGAAGGAUGUAGUUGAAUUUUGUCAACCCAAUUGAAUCAGAAUCAACUGGGCAAUUUAGUUGCUCAGCCUACUUUUUCUGUUGUUUCAGGAAAGGAACCUGCGCUCAAGACACACUUUUUUGGAUAGGUUAGUUAUUUCAGCUAUUUUGUUUAGUGCAUCCCAAGAGAACUUAAUAUUUGGGAAUAAGGAAGGAGAAAGAAGAGAGGAUCAGAGAAGAGAGGUGGAGGGGAAAAGACUGGUGUGUUUUCUUGUUGUCCAGUGUCUGUGACUUCCCUUACUUACACAGUGAACACAAAUAACUAAUCAAGUCCAUUCAGCUUUGUGAAGUCCCUGCCUCGUGUGGGUCCAUAGAUGCCAGCUCCCCAGAGCAACCUUCUCGCUUACCAUGUGUAUACAAUACUGUUUGCAGUUUUACUCAUUAUCUACCCAUCUCCUUGCCACCCCCAAGGACCCCUGGGUGUAAACUCAAAGUCUCCAUUGACACUUUGUGUGCGGUAACAUCUGAUGCCUUCAUGGGCUCAGCAGUGAUCACAGAGGCCUGGAGAGCCUGGGCAGGCUUGAGACGGCCUGACCCAGCCCAGGCCUCCUCCUUGUAGCAAUACCAAGUGCUAUUACAUAAUUGAUGGACAAUUUAUAAUUUUAUUUUUUACAAUUAUUUGUUUCUAUAUUGCUGUUAGAAAAAGUGAAAUAAAAAUAUUUCAAAAGAA